UUUCUGCUGAUUAAAGGUGGAAAUUAUGUCAGAUUUAAUGUCUUUUUCUUUUUUUGAGGAUCCGGACCUGAUUCCGGCCAUUCCUGAGGACGAUUCAACCGCCUGGAAGGAGUUUUUCGUCUCUGAAACAGAUCAACACCUAGCUCCAGAUAUGGAUCUGCGAGCAGGCCAGGGAUCGCCCGAUUCUGGCGUCGAUCUGUUUAAUUUCGACAUUGACAAUGCAUUUAUGAGUGAUAACGAUCCUGUAAUGAAUCCAGAUGAUCUUGAAGAUGAAGUUAAUUUUCUAUUUAAGCCCAAUCUUGCGUCCACAGGGCUUGCAUUGGAUUUCAGUAUUGCAGAUAUAGAUAAUGUGUUCGAAGAUGAACCAGUGAACACACCCUCUCAGUCCUCCACCCCUACAGUGAUCUCCGAAAUUGUAGAGGCUGAUCAAACUGAGCAGACCUCCGAAACUCCUGAUAUUAUUCCAGUUUUAGAAGUAGCGGAGAAAUCAACCGAGAAAAUUCAUACUUACUCCCUCAAAGCUCCCAGGCCUAGUCGUAUCAGAUCCCAGCUGUCUGCAAGAAAUUGCCGAUCUCGUAUGUCCGCUAAGAAACGGAAAAUGUAUGAGCUUAACGACCCCCUGCCUGACCCAGACGCAGAGAAAUGCCGACUUAAUGCUAUUAACGCUAAGAAGAACCGUGAGCGGAAGAAGCGUGAGCUGGAGGCAGCUGAGAAGGAAAUUUAUAGAUUGAGGAAUGAGAAUUCCGAAUUAAGGAACGAGGCUGAGAAUGCUCGUGAGGAGCUAGAUGAGGCUAGGAAUGAGUUAGAACAGAUGAAAGCUCAACUUAAAUUGGCGGGGUUUCCAGUAGACGAACCAGAAGAAUAAUUACAGGCGAACUGCUAGUAAAUGUCAGGGUGCAUUGCCUCUAGUCAUGCACGCACGGAGUCUUGUCUGCAGAAUCCAGUGCAGCAGAAACUAUGGACACGUCGUCUGCUCCGACCAUCCUAGGUUAAAAGUAUUCAUUCUUUUAGUAAUUAUUUGUGGGGAAUUAUUUAAUUAUAUGUGAACAAUUCAUUCAGUUAAUCAUAAACCAUUUUUGUUUUUAAAUAAAGAUUUAUAUAUUGUCAAA